UCUUCUUUUUUUUUUCUGUUUCUCAUAAGCACCCACAAGUAACAGUACGGGUAGAAGGAGAAGAAGAAAAAGGAGAAGAAGAAGACGAAGAAGAAGAGGAAGAAGAAUGUCCGACUAUGCGUUUCUGAACGAUCAGCUGUCGAGGCGGACCUCGAUAUUCGGAUUACGAUUGUGGGUCGUCCUCGGAAUCUGCGUCGGAGCAGCCAUAGUUCUCGUCCUCUUCCUCAUAUCCCUCUGGUUCACCUCCCGACGCAACGCCUCUUCUUCCACUUCCGCUUCCUCCUCUUCCAAAAUCCACAAGUCCUCUCUCAACAACCCCACCAUCCCCAACGUCUCCAAGGAGAUCCAAGAAAUCCGAAUCGACCAUUCUCGAAACCAUCCAACAUCCCACCCUCAACCCGAGAAACUCCAUACCCAAACCUCCGACCCGUUUCUGGAGCCGGAGGACCAGAGUCCGGUCGCCGGAAGGAACAGAAUCCACAUCGAGAUUGGGAAGGAUCACCGGAUUUCGUACCCGGAGAGAGGCGGUGGUGGUGGUGGGUCCUCCCAUGGCAGCGGAGAGGCUCGGUCAGGAGACCAGGCUCUGUCUCUCGUUGCCGUGCCAGAGGUCUCGCAUUUGGGUUGGGGCCAUUGGUACACUCUCAGAGAGCUUGAGGUCUCCACUAAUGGCUUCGCUGACGAGAAUGUCAUUGGCGAAGGUGGGUACGGAAUUGUGUACCGUGGUGUUCUGGAGGAUAACACUUUGGUUGCUGUCAAGAAUUUGCUUAACAACAGGGGACAAGCUGAGAAGGAGUUCAAGGUUGAAGUUGAGGCGAUUGGUCGUGUACGGCAUAAGAAUUUAGUGAGGCUGCUGGGUUAUUGUGCUGAAGGAGCUCAUCGAAUGCUUGUUUAUGAGUAUGUCGACAAUGGAAACUUGGAACAAUGGCUUCAUGGAGAUGUUGGGCCUUGCAGCCCUCUUACAUGGGAGAUCCGGAUGAAUAUAAUUCUCGGGACGGCAAAAGGGUUGACCUACUUGCAUGAGGGACUUGAGCCCAAGGUUGUUCACCGCGAUAUUAAGUCGAGCAACAUCUUACUUGACAAGCAGUGGAAUCCUAAAGUAUCUGACUUUGGCCUAGCAAAACUUUUGGGAUCUGAGAGGAGUUAUGUUACAACUCGUGUAAUGGGAACCUUUGGAUAUGUAGCUCCAGAAUAUGCUAGCACUGGAAUGUUGAAUGAAAGAAGCGAUGUAUACAGCUUUGGAAUUCUCCUUAUGGAGAUAAUUACUGGAAGAAACCCGGUGGACUAUAGCCGACCUGCAGGCGAGGUCAAUCUAGUCGAGUGGCUUAAGACAAUGGUCACAAAUCGAAAUGCUGAGGGAGUCGUUGAUCCUAGAUUGCAGGAGAAGCCUUCUUCUAGAGCGCUGAAGCGUGCUCUUCUAGUGGCUUUACGCUGCGUGGACCCUAAUGCACAGAAGAGGCCGAAAAUGGGGCAUGUGAUACAUAUGCUUGAAGCCGAUGAAUUCCCUUUCCGAGAUGAUCGCAGAGCCGGACGGGAACAAGGACGGGUGCUGCGGAAUGGUACGAUGGUGGAGAAGCAUGUUAAUGAAUCAGGAGAUAGUAGUGGAUAUGAAAGUAGCGUCCAAUCUAAGACAGCAUUAUGGAGAAAACCCCUGGCUGAAGAAGAGCAUUAGGCUUUUGAUACGCCUGAUUUUGCAUAUUGGCUUCUUUUGGAAGAUGGCUGUUGCAAAUGGUUCUUUCUGUAAAUUUGAUGUAUGUUCACAGUGAAUUUGCAUUUUUUUUUCACAUCUUACGUCGCAUUUUGUUUCACUGUCGGUAUGUAAUUAAGUAUUGGAUGGAUUAUUCUUUUUUUGCCCCAUCAUGGACCGACUAGAUUUUGAA